AUACCAGUUGUAUACUGGUAUUCAUUCUACUCAACUAUAUCCUUUCCCCUCACAUUCUUUAUUAUUAUUAUUAUUAUUAUUAUUAGAUAUGAGCAAGUUCAUGUGCUGCUUCUUGAUCCGAGUGCUGAAUGUUUAAGGAACAUCAUCCCGGAAGAAAAUAUACCAAGAUGUAUCUAUCACAACCUAUACUCUGAUCCCCUAAACUGGUUAGGCAAUGCAGAUAUUACAGUUACAAGCACAGAUUUCAUUGAUUUUCUCCAGUGCAAGAUCACCAGUUCAGUUCACAAUGUUGCCGUUGUCAUUUGUUCUCUAACCAGCUUGAUAAUUCAUCGGUCUCCAGCUUAUACCUGCCAGUUCUUAGAGAAAUUAGGAAACAGACAUUCGUCACCAUUUCCGGAUGUUUCUAUUGGCCAAGUCGUAUCUCUAGUACACCAGGACCUACACAAUGAAUAUACUUUAAAACAGCUUCGGUAUGUUUCAAGCAGUGUGAUAAGCCUUCUGGAAGAUUCAUCGGUGAAUCAUCUCACCAACUGCAAUGUGGUUCAUCGCAGGAUUUCUGGAAAGAUCUUCAAAAGUAAAGAACAGUAUCAAUUAUUGAAUAGCUUUGAACUGAAAGCUGUUAAAGAACUGCAGACCACAAACCUCAGGCCUAAUGAUAGACCUCAGGUUGAUCCUACGGCUAAUUUGACAUUCAAACUUAACUUGUCGGACACAGAAAAAGUUGCUCGUAGCCAACAAGUACUACCUCAUAUUCAAAUACAAAACAGGCAACAAGAACUCCAGUCUUCUACCAUGAGUGGACAAGGGCAGAUUUUCUAUGAGCCGGACGAUGCAGAUGAUUUUGAUGAAGAAGAUCCUGACGAUGAUCUUGAUAUCUGAAUCAAGUUUCUCACCAACAACCAAAUGGCACAAACGUGCCACAGUGAUGUAAAGGCUGACUCUGAUACAUAACUAAUGCAACAUAUUGCUGUAUUUGAAUUUUAUAUUCAUUAAAAAAGAGAAAAAAAACAAAAAAACAAUCAUUAAAGUUAUAACA